UGAAGGAAUGGGCGGGAAAGAAAGACAGGAGAGGGGAGAUGAUUUUUGGGGUUUUUUUGGAGAAAGAGAUCCUUCAUCUUGGGGGGCGUUCCAGAGAGGGGGGAUUGCGGGAGAAGAAGAGUGAAGUUCGGAGAAGAAAAGAAGCGCCUCUAGAACACAAAGCGAAGGGCGCCGAGAGGCAAACUUUUCGGUGUAGCCGCCGGGCUAUCGGAAACGAGGAGAUCCACUAUAGAGGCGUGCGCAAGAGGCCGUUUGGCAGGUUUGCCGCCAAGAUCCAGGACCCACGGAAGAAAACUCGGGUCUGGUUCAACACUUUCAACUUCGUGGAGGAUGCAUCUCAAGGCCAAGACUAAUUUUCCGUCGACAUCUCCGACGUUUCCGUUGAACAUGCCGCUUCAGCAAUCGAGUCAAUAUCAGAUUCAAAAUGAGAAUCACAAUCACCAGCACCAGCCUUAGAAGCCAACCACGAGCAGUAGCAGCACCAUGGAGUCUUCUAGUUGAGAGGCGCCGUCUCCGGGUGUAAUCGUCGGUCUUUCGGCCCCAGAUCUCAAUCUGCCUCACCCCGUCGCCGCCAACCAAUUUGAUUUUUCUACAGCUCAUUACCCCGUUGUCGGUGUCCUUCCUAUUACGCUGCCACUAUUCUUCUCCAAGCCAUUUUCCCGUCCAAAGAAGCCCAAAUACCCACUGCCAUAUG